UUCCAGCCUCUUCCAGCUUUGCUCAAGCUUCGCCGCGAUAUGUUCCUGUAGCUGUCCGGUUUACCAAAGCUCUUUCGGCCCAUUUUCCCCAACUUCAAGUCCACUUGACUUAGCGCGGAAGUGCUUUUUGCGGGACACUUACACACAAGCCUUCAACAUCGGUGCCGAUACAAACCCACCAUAUUCUCCCUCCACCUUGUCCAAACCAAGCGUAUUCGACUGGGACUUGUUCACUUUGAGACCUACAUAUCAGGCCUUUGCCAGGAAUCAACUGCUGUCAGCAUAAAGCAUCUCGUCUUCCAGCUCACGAGUCGACUACAUCUUAGACCAGUUCGCACCCCCCACCAAAAUGAUAAUUGAUGGAGAAAAGUAUGCCUGCGAGGCCUGCGUCCGCGGCCAUCGUGUGAGCAACUGUCAACAUUCUGACCGUCCACUUCAACAUAUCAACAAGAAGGGUCGACCAGUUUCCCAAUGCGCGCACUGUCGCGCCAUGCGCAAGUCUCGCUCUGCCCAUGUCAAGUGUGACUGUGGUGAGAAGACGAGCAAAUGUGCCCAUUUGCAGCCAACCGUUGAAGGGCACACUGAGACGUGCUGCUGCAACCAUGGCGGUCACUGCAGUUGCUCGCACAAGAACGAGCCUGCUCUUGACACCGUUCCCGAGUCCGACUCGGAGCGCGAGUCUCUGACCAUGAGCAUCUCUGGUCGCCCAAAGCCUCCUGGUCGACGACGACGAGCCAACACAGUUCACUCGGACGGUGUUCUGACUUUCGACCAGCAUGGCAACCAUAAGCCUGCUCAUAGAAGCAACCGAGCUUCACAGAAAUGCGGCCCAUACCAGCUCAACAGAGUGAACUCUGCUCACAGCACCAGCAGCCUAGUCGCCGACAGCAUGCUUCAAAAGAGCUCGCGGGACCCUCCCAGCAGCCGAGCGCGUGCUGCUACUAACCGAGAACGUCGAGUCAAGUCGGAAACCACUUCACCACUCAUGAGCGGUGCUAGCAGCUUCCAAAACUUGAACGCCAACCUUCCUCCUCUGGAUCUGUCGGGCAUUGAGUAUCCUCCCUACAUGGCCAACAGCACAUUCGAUCUAUUCGGCUCUGGCUUCAACUCGGAGACGGAUGCUCCCAUGUACAGCGCCGGCCUAAGUGCAGCCUCAGUCGACUGGAGCCAUUACGACCUCUCGGAGAUGAAGGGCGACAGUUUCACACCAUCAAGCUACAGCCAGGCUGGUACCCAAAGUUUCAACGGUCUAUUUGACUUUGGAAGCGGCUCGGAGCAUCUGCCCCACCUCGCCAACACUACGUCGACGUCGGGCGAGGUUUCUGAGGUCGAGGACUUUCUCCCCGGCGGAGAUGACGACUACCACGGCCUGGAUGGUUUUAGCCGCGCCGACAGCUUCAUUCGACCGAGCGGCAGCGUGAUGGCUAAUUCGGCCGAUCUAACCACGAUCGAUUACGAUAGCUUCUAUAAGGGAGCCGAUGCUGGCCCAAUGGCUGGAGCUGGUCUGUCAAUGGUUGAGGAUGACCCUGCAUUCUGGAUGCCCAACUACAACGAGGGCAUUGCGACAAUGGACGAGAGCCCCGACCCUCUCGGCCCUGCUUCUAUGCCCAGCUUUUGGGGCAUGUGAAGAUCGAUUGAGGUUUCGAAUAUCCUGGCGUACAUAAUACCCAUUCAGUUUUUUAUUUUCUAGUCAUUAGGGCCACGCACCGGCAGGCGUUGGAAAAUACCACACGGGAUGAAGCCAUGGGAGAUAUGGCUUCUUUUUUUACUCAUUUUGCGCGAACAGCGGCAACAUACAUAUACGUUUCAUGUAGAGCGGACUUACGCUCACCACCAUUCGCAAAGCAGACUCAGUUGCAUGAUGUCUGUCUUUCCGAUGGUGAUUAUGAUGAUGACAGAACGACGUUUUCAUCCAAAAGGUGUCUAGACAGUUGGGGAUAUUGAUGAGCAUGCUUUUUUUCUCACAAUCAACUGGGAGGAACAAGAGAUAUAGAACAGGCGCAGCUGGCUUUUUGAAUUAUACAAGACUACAGAUCAAGGAUGCAUAAGAUCGUGUUUGCAUUCAAGCAAAGAGCAGUGCAAUUGGUUUGGUGAAUUAGCUUUGCGGAAAAGAGUUGUGGAGGCAGAAUCGAGCUGGAAGCAACAGUUGACGAAACAUAUCACAAGCCAUGAUGACACUCUGGUGCCUCGCAUGUUUCGCCAAUAUGUACACAAUUUUAUCCGCAAGGGGAAUUUGCAAGUUGAAGGACGCGGCCAGGAUGAGGAUUCACGAUUCUAUACUUGGUUGUCAGGCAUUUAUGCUGUGUCUUUCGACACAAUUAUUGCACAUCGUUCAUAUAUCUUGCUCGAUGUUUCCUGCUCCUUAUAUCAAGCCAAGUACGAAAAAGAGUACUUGGCGAAGAUUUGUCACAACGCAAUAGACUUCAUGACUGGGACCUCGACCAACCGAGUCGAGGUCCAUGGGCCAACACCAAACUCUGUUCCUUUUGCAUAUGCCAUGAGUGAUUGUGUGUGUGUUGACAUGGAUUUGAGAAAAGCUGACAACUCUGCAAACAUAGUUGGCAUCAGCUGUUGCUGCUUCGUCUGACGAUCUCUGUCACCAGUCUCAUAGCAGCACGUCGGACGUACGGAAAUGAGAUGGGUCGACGUGUCCAAGUACGAGUGGGAUGGAAUACGUGGGAGGACAUAUUCAUUAUCUUGGCUCGAUGACAGUCCAACAGCAAUGACAAUUAUCCGGGCAUGGAUUCAGAAACAACCGGCGUUUCUUUCAUAUUAACUAACAUCACCUUUUUUUUUUAAAGUAGUACAAACACGCGACGCUAUAAUGAUGGCCACUCUUCCCCGACUUUGGACCCCAUAUCAUUGCCUGCCCGCUGUCCCCCGGAUCCUUGGAGUCAUGGGGAAAGGAUGUGACACUUGUACCAGGACAUGGUAACGAUGGCCAACUACAUAAACGUAAUGGGUUUUCCCUAGGUAUGCUAAUGAUUCUCCCCCCUUGAAGAAUAUUGAUAAACGCCCUUUGACAGGUCGUUCGGUUCGGACCAUCAUCACGAUGGAUGUCGUGGAUGGCUCCACCACGUCUAACAGAUUCUUCAGCAUACAUGCAUGCAAUGCUGUCUAUCUUUGCUUUGUUUAGGCUCGGAGAUGCAUAACCUUUGCUUU